AAGGUUUUCAAAAACAAUUGCAACGCGUUACGUUGCUAGAAUACACGUUUAUAAACGAAAUGCCUAUUGUGAAAUUUUCUAGUCACUUCUACAUAUUUUAGUGAACUUAAUAAUAAAAAAAAUAGUAGAUAACAAAGAGAAAUUAGGAACGUAGAAAAUUAAUUGUCGAACUCAACCAUUUUGCCGAAUACACCAAGAUGCAGAUAUUUGUGAAAACUUUGACUGGUAAAACAAUCACCCUUGAAGUAGAAGCAUCAGAUACUAUUGAAAAUGUAAAAGCUAAAAUCCAGGAUAAGGAAGGAAUUCCACCUGAUCAGCAACGUCUUAUUUUUGCUGGGAAGCAAUUGGAAGAUGGACGUACUCUGUCAGAUUAUAAUAUUCAAAAAGAAUCUACCUUGCAUCUUGUUCUUCGACUUCGUGGUGGUGUCAUCGAACCUACUUUGCGUAUUCUUGCACAGAAAUACAAUUGUGAUAAAAUGAUUUGUAGAAAAUGUUAUGCCCGUCUUCAUCCACGUGCAACCAACUGUCGUAAGAAAAAGUGUGGCCACACAAACAACAUUCGACCAAAAAAGAAGCUGAAGUAGACUACAUAUAAUGUUUGCUCAUUUUGCGAAUAUAUGUAUUUCUAAAAGAUGGUGUGAAUAAAACAUACAUAAAGAAGUAA